AUGGAUCUUCAGGGGCUUGGCUUCAAACAGCUCCAGGUCUAUCUUUCAUGGGAAAACAAGCAUACACAUAACCAUUCGCUACAGGAAAUUGAAGCCAGCAAGUCGUCAGCUCCAAUGCAACGAGGUGGACCAUCGUGGACCGACCAUGAAAUCCAUCUAUCCACUCCGGAGAGGCUCAGCCCAGACAACGUCAUGCCUCGUGAAACACAGCAGCCGGCAACACGGACUUCCAUGGUCCGGCCUCACGUUGCACAGGCAGAAUGCCCCGUUCUUGCGUCCCAGAGGCCAGGAUCGUCAAACGCCGGCUGGUGA